AUGGGGGAAGAGAAACUACGAUUUUGCAUCGACAGAGGCGGCACAUUCACUGACGUCUACGCCGAACUUCCCGGCAGAACUGACGGUCGAGUUCUGAAACUUCUUUCAGUUGAUCCAGCAAACUACGACGAUGCUCCGGUUGAAGGGAUUCGCAGGAUCCUUGAAGAGCACACGGGGUCUAAGAUCCCUCGCCAUUCCAAAAUCCCUACGGACAAGAUAGAGUGGAUUAGGAUGGGUACAACAGUGGCAACAAAUGCGUUGUUGGAGAGAAAAGGUGAAAGGAUUGCUCUCUGCGUGACUAAAGGAUUCAAGGAUCUGCUACAGAUUGGCAACCAGGCUCGUCCCAAUAUCUUCGACCUCACAGUGUCAAAACCUUCAAACCUUUACGAGGAGGUUAUUGAGGUUGAUGAGAGAGUUCAGCUUGUUGUUGAUAAGGAGGAAGAUGGGUCGUCAUCAGCCGUAGUUAAAGGAAUUUCAGGUGAGCUUGUCAGGGUUGUGAAACCACUUGAUGAUGCCGCUUUGAAGCCUCAAUUGAAAUGUUUGCUGGAGAAAGGGGUCAGCUGUCUGGCUGUAGUUUUGCUGCAUUCUUAUACUUUUCCUGACCAUGAAGUAGCUGUAGCGAAAGUGGCUUCGAGUUUGGGUUUCAAGCACGUCUCCUUGUCUUCGGCUUUGACCCCGAUGGUUCGAGCUGUUCCUCGUGGUCUAACAGCUAGUGUUGAUGCAUACCUAACCCCAGUCAUCAAAGAAUACUUGUCAGGGUUUAUAUCUAAAUUUGACCAAGGAUUAGGAAAGCUGAAUGUUCUGUUUAUGCAAUCGGAUGGAGGGCUUGCACCUGAAAGUAGGUUCUCAGGUCACAAAGCUGUUUUGUCUGGUCCAGCUGGUGGGGUGGUUGGUUACUCGCAAACCCUUUUUGGGCUUGAAACGGAGAAGCCCCUCAUUGGGUUUGACAUGGGAGGUACCUCCACUGACGUGAGCCGUUAUGCUGGGAGUUAUGAACAAGUUCUUGAAACUCAGAUUGCUGGUGCUAUUAUACAGGCACCUCAGCUAGAUAUUAACACGGUUGCUGCUGGUGGAGGAUCGAAAUUGAAGUUCCAAUUUGGAGCAUUUAGGGUAGGUCCUGAAUCAGUUGGUGCACACCCAGGUCCUGUUUGUUACAGGAAAGGAGGAGAAUUGGCUGUUACGGAUGCUAACCUCAUUCUAGGAUAUGUCAUUCCUGAUUACUUUCCUUCCAUCUUUGGGCCCAAUGAGGAUCAACCCUUGGAUAUUGAAGCUACGAGAAAAGAAUUCGGGAAACUUGCUGCAGAAAUAAACUCGUAUAGGAAAAGCCAGGAUUCGAGUGCCAAAGAUAUGUCAGUGGAAGAAAUUGCACUUGGUUUUAUCAAUGUUGCAAAUGAGACCAUGUGUCGCCCAAUAAGGCAGCUGACUGAGAUGAAAGGGCACGAGACAAGGAAUCAUGCUCUGGCAUGCUUUGGAGGUGCUGGCCCUCAGCAUGCUUGUGCUAUUGCAAGGUCGUUGGGUAUGACAGAAGUACUGAUUCACAGGUUUUGUGGGAUACUGAGUGCUUAUGGCAUGGGGUUGGCAGAUGUAGUGGAAGAGGCUCAAGAGCCAUACUCAGCUGUUUAUGGACCUGAGUCCAUCCUAGAGGCUUCCCACAGAGAAAGCGUGUUACUAAACCAGGUAAAACAGACAUUACAGGAGCAAGGUUUCAGAGAGGGAAACAUAACAACUGAAACCUAUCUGAAUUUAAGGUAUGAAGGUACAGAUACCGCAAUAAUGGUGAAGGGGAAUGUGAAUGAAGAUGGAUCAGUUUCUGAUUAUGAUGUGGAGUUUGUGAAGAUGUUCCAGCAAGAGUAUGGAUUCAAGCUACAGAACAGGAAUAUUCUAAUUUGUGAUGUCAGAGUUCGUGGUAUUGGAGUUACAAACAUAUUGAAGCCACAGGUGUUGGAACCUGCUACUGGUACACCAAAAUCAGAGGGUAAUCCUUACCAGCUUUACUUCGGAGAGGGAUGGCACCAGGUACCACUUUUCCGGCUUGAGAAUCUAGGGUUUGGACAUGUAAUCCCUGGCCCUGCAAUCAUCAUGAAUGGAAACAGUACCGUGAUAGUGGAACCCAAUUGUAAGGCAAAUAUAACCAAGUAUGGGAACAUCAAAAUCAAACUCGACUCUGAUGUGGGCCCGGCUGUCAAAAUAUCUGAGAAAGUCGCUGAUGUUGUCCAGCUCUCAAUUUUCAAUCACCGGUUCAUGGGAAUAGCCGAGCAGAUGGGAAGGACAUUGCAAAGAACAUCGAUAUCAACAAACAUCAAAGAACGGUUAGAUUUCUCUUGUGCUCUCUUUGGCCCUGAUGGAGGCCUCGUUGCUAAUGCGCCCCAUGUCCCUGUCCACCUCGGAGCUAUGUCCAGCACUGUUCGAUGGCAGCUUAAUCACUGGGGUGAUAGCCUAAAUGAAGGCGAUGUAUUAGUCACUAAUCAUCCUUCUGCUGGAGGCAGUCAUCUUCCAGACAUAACAGUCAUUACUCCUGUUUUCGAGAAAGGCAAACUGGUCUUCUUUGUAGCUAGCAGAGGCCACCAUGCAGAAAUUGGAGGCAUAACGCCUGGAAGCAUGCCACCAUUUUCGAAGUCCAUAUUUGAAGAAGGGGCAGCAAUCAAAGCAUUCAAGUUGGUGGAAGGAGGCGUUUUUCAAGAAGAAGGAAUCAUCAGGCUUCUGCAGUUCCCCGGCUCUUCUCUGGACGAUUCAGGCGCAGGAGGUCACUUCAAAAUCCCAGGAACACGCCGGCUUCAGGAUAAUCUAUCCGAUCUCCAUGCACAGAUAGCUGCAAACCGGAGGGGAAUUUCCCUUAUAAAAGAGUUGAUCGAGCAGUAUGGUCUGGAAACUGUUCAAGCUUACAUGACCUAUGUCCAACUAAACGCGGAAGAAGCAGUGAGGGAAAUGCUGAAGUCUGUAGCUUCGAGAGUCUCAUCAUCUCAGUCUCCAAAUGAUUCGCGCAGCUCCAUCGUCACCAUAGAAGAGGAGGAUCUAAUGGACGACGGUUCCACCAUUCAUCUGAAGCUGACCAUCAACGGUGAGAAGGGGGAAGCAUCUUUCAAUUUCGACGGGACAAGUCCAGAGGUGUACGGCAACUGGAAUGCACCUGAAGCAGUGACUGCUGCUGCAGUCAUAUACUGCCUUCGCUGCUUAGUCAACGUCGACAUCCCUCUGAACCAAGGCUGCCUAGCCCCUGUCGAGAUCCACAUACCUCAAGGCUCAUUUCUCUCCCCAAGCGACAAAGCUGCCGUCGUGGGAGGCAACGUGCUAACGUCGCAGAGAAUAACCGACGUUGUACUCACAGCAUUCCAGGCGUGUGCUUGCUCUCAGGGGUGCAUGAACAACCUCACGUUUGGGGACGACUCGUUUGGUUACUACGAGACGAUCGGAGGUGGGAGUGGGGCAGGGCCGACGUGGGAAGGGACGAGUGGGGUGCAGUGUCAUAUGACGAAUACUCGGAUGACUGAUCCGGAGAUAUUCGAGCAGAGGUAUCCAGUUUUGCUGCACCGGUUUGGGAUGAGGGAGAAGAGCGGCGGGUUGGGAGUGAACAAGGGAGGAGAUGGGAUUGUGAGGGAGAUUGAGUUCAGGAGGCCGGUUGUGGUGAGCAUUCUGUCGGAGAGGCGGGUUCAUGCGCCGAGAGGGUUGGCUGGCGGGGACGAUGGAGCUCGCGGCGAGAACUAUUUGAUCAAGAGGGAUAAGAGGAGGAUUUACCUGGGUGGUAAGAACACGGUCGAGGUUCAGGCUGGUGAGAUUCUUCAGAUACUUACACCUGGUGGUGGUGGAUGGGGCUCCCCUUAG